AUGGGGAUAGUAACCAAGAUCUGGUUCCUGGAGAAUUCCCAGUGUAAUAUUAAUACAUAUUACAAAACAUGUGGAGGACAUGAUUCAUUUGGAAGUGAAGUCCAAACAGACAGCAGCAGACUUUCUGGGAAGCAGAAGCAGAGAUCAGUUCUUGAGGUGUCUGCAUUUAUGGGGCAAGUUGCCAAAGAAAAUUUAGGUGCCUGCUCCGGCCCUUUUGCGCCGGUGUUGUCGGCCACUUCUCGCGGGGUGGCGGGUGCGCUGCGGCCUCUGGUGCAGGCCGCGCUGCCCGCCACCCCGGAGUCACCAGUGCUAGACGCAAAGAGGUCCUUCCUGUGCAGAGAGUCGCUGAGUGGCCAGGCCGCGGUCGGGCCUUUGGUUGCCUCCGUAGGCCUCAAUGUUCCUGCUUCUGUUCGUUAUUCGCACACAGAUAUCAGAGUGCCUGACUUCUCUGACUGUCGUCGCGCUGAAGUGUUAGAUAGUACAAAGUCCUCAAAAGAGAGCAGUGAUGCUAGAAAAGGUUUCUCCUAUUUAAUAACUGCAACAACUACUGUGGGUGUUGCAUAUGCUGCCAAGAAUGUCGUCUCCCAGUUUGUUUCCAGCAUGAGUGCUUCUGCUGAUGUGUUGGCCAUGUCAAAAAUUGAAAUCAAGUUAUCUGAUAUUCCAGAGGGCAAGAACAUGGCUUUCAAAUGGAGAGGCAAAUCUCUGUUUGUGCAUCACAGAACCAAGAGGGAAAUUGAUCAGGAGGCUGCAGUUGAAGUGUCCCAGUUGAGGGACCCACAGCAUGAUUUAGAACGAGUUAAGAAACCUGAAUGGGUUUUCUUGAUAGGUGUUUGUACUCAUCUUGGUUGUGUGCCCAUUGCAAAUGCAGGAGAUUUUGGUGGUUAUUACUGCCCCUGCCAUGGGUCAUACUAUGAUGCAUCUGGCAGGAUCAGGAAGGGGCCUGCACCUCUCAACCUUGAAGUACCCACAUAUGAGUUCACCAGUGAUGAUUUAGUAAUUGUUGGUUAGAGACCUG